CCUGUUAGCUGUGCAGGAGCGGUGCUCUUGAACAGAGCUUUUAUUUUCACUCGCGGGUAACUCUUCACUCGUUUAAGACUGCAUCUCAGUUUUGUUGUGUUUCAGUUAUCUGAUAGGCUUUCUAUUUGUUAUCCAUAGUUGCUACAUCUUUUAUUAUCUGUUAGGGUUUGUUGCAAAUCUUUGCUCCUUUCAGACUGCCUCUGAUCUGCAGCCUCGUAGCAGACAGACUCCACACACAGAAUGUCGCGCGGAAUGGAAGAGGAAGGGGAUUGUAAGUCAUCUGUUGUGACUACAUGGGAUAAACUGGAUCAGAACACUGAUGAGUGUAAAAUAAAAUGGACCCAAGAAGAGGAUGAAAACCUCAAAAUCCUUGUCUCUAACUUUGGAAAAAAGAACUGGAAGACCAUUGCUAGUUUUUUACCAGGUAGAACAGAACUGCAGUGUAUUCUUCGCUGGAAGAAACAUCUUGAUCCAGACUUAGUGAAGGGACCUUGGACUGCAGAGGAAGAUCAAAAGAUAGUGGAGCUGGUGAAUAUGUAUGGGAAAAACUGGAAAGCAGUUUCCACGCACCUAGAUGGAAGGUUGGGAAAACAGUGUCGUGAACGCUGGGUAAACCACCUGGACCCAGCUAUUAGCAAGAGGGCAUGGACUGAAGAAGAAGACCUCAUCAUCUACAAAGCCCACUGCGUUCUGGGGAACCGGUGGGCUGAGAUUUCCAAACUGCUCCCUGGAAGAUCUGAGAACUCCAUCAAGAAUCAUUGGAACGGCCACAUCAAACGCAAAGUAGAGAUGGGCGAUUUUAAAGGAGUAGCUGAAACAAUCUCUAUUGACAUUCAGCAUUUCAUAGAUGGAGAGGUGGACUUCAAAUGUGACGUUGUAAUAGAUGCUGAUCCAGUGACGCCUGAAAUCAAUAUGAAAACAGGGAACAUAGAGGCUGUAAAGCAGCAGGAGUCAGAGAAAGCUAAACCAAAGACAGCUGUUCAGACUCAACCUGCUUCAGCUUCAAGAAGAGAGGUGUCCUCCCCCAGUCCUUCUCAGCCCUGCAGCUCCAGCUCCAGUCCAAGCUCUGUGGUUGCAGCAUCAGCCACGCAGCUGGAACAAAAACGAUUUGCAGAGGCAGCUUUGAGGAUGAUUGCAGAAGACAUGCUGCCACUCAGCUUUGUUGAAGGUGCCGGCUUCAGGUCAUUCAUGGGUACCAUCUGCCCUGAAUACCACAAACUAUCGCAGCGCAUCAUCGGCAUUCAGCUCUAUGAAGAAGUGGAGAGAAAUAUAAAGCCACAGCUCAUCCGGGAACUCAAGCUCUCCCUCUCUAAAACCAAAGACCCUAAAAGUGCGAUUCAUGUCACCUGUGACCUCUGGGUGGGGGAUGAGUCCAAACAAGUGGAAGACCCUAUCCUUGUUGUCCAACUCCACUUUGUUAGCGAUUCUUGGCAAUUCCGCCGCCCUAUCGUGGCCUUCCGCCACCUCUGCCAUAAAAACCUCAGUGCCGCUGUAGCCAGUGAGCUUGAGGGCGUCCUGUUGAGCUAUGGUAUAUUCCCACGCCACAUCGGCUACGUCCUCGCCAACCAGGCUAAAAAAAUCCUCGCUGGAAACAAGCUGUUUUGUGACUAUAAGAUUGUGUGCUCAUCAAACAGGGGAGAACUGGACGGAGAUGAUAUCUUGGCGUUUCUGUCAGAUGAGAUGUCUGAAUCAGAGUCACCGUUUUCAGAGCUACAGAUUGGGAUGAGGAACAUGUGUGUCGCCAGAACUUUGCAGACUGUGAUCAGGGAAGCCCUGAAAAAUUCCAGAGUAGUGGAGAACGUGCUCUCACAGAUCCACAAUGUAGUUGCCUUCUUCAGGAGCAGCGUCUAUUGGGGCGAGCUUUUAUUGAAGGAGGGGAAUGUAUCGCUGUGCCCUUCCUCCACCAACUGUCGCUGGAACUCUUUGAUGUUAUCCCUACGGCGUAUGGUGCAUGAGACCACCUGGAGCAUCAUCAUGACUCUCCUGGCCCAGGCCCGCAUAGAGGCCACAGAUGCAGCCACCUCCCCCCCUCUGAUCAUGGUGAAGAGGGAGCAAGUGAUUGAUAUCCUGGGUCUCCUUGAGCCUUUUGAGGAGGCGUUACAGGUACUUCAAGGAAAUGGAGUGACCAUCUCUUUCAUCAUCCCCUCCCUCAUUGGCCUUGAUAAGACAUUAGAAAGUAGAGUGACUAACUACAACCAUUUCUGUAAGGCCCUGAGAAAAGGCCUUUCUGUUCAUUUCAACUCUUUGAUUCACCAGAAGGAGAUUAUUCUAGCUACUGUACUUGACCCCAGGAUGAAACUGCAGCCAUUUUCUGAUUCCACACCUAAAACCCAGACAGAGUUCCUGGCGCCGCCCUCAAAGUCAGAGGCUCAAAGCAUCUUGGCAUCGUUUUUAGAAACAAAGGCUGCAUCAGCAUCCGUCCCUUUGAAGGAAACCAAGGAGGAGACAAUUAAGCAGCCCACGGAGAAGCCGGAGAGGCCAGAGGAAGGCCCUGAUGAUAUUAAAGCCUCAGCAGACGGGUCUGGAGGAAGCUCAGACGACAACUGUGAUGUAGUCGGUGAAAACGAACUCAAGCGCAAGUCAAUAUUCAACUACCUGCAACCUCCAUCAAAGACUAUGAAGGUUUCCGAGCUGGACAUGUACCUGUCUGAACCCAUGUGUGAAAGCGGCUCCAGUCUGCUCUACUGGAAGUCGGCCUCCAGGUUCCCCCAGCUGCAGGAUGUUGCCAAGAAGCUGCUGGCUGCGCCUGCCUCCUCUGGAGGCUUCGACAGGCUCUAUCCAAUGGCGACUUCUAUCGUUAGAGCCAAGAGGAACCACCUCCCAUCUCACACCACCGAGAGGCUGCUUCUGUACAGGAACUCUCUAAAGGCCAGAACUGUUAACCGGGUCAGCGGUGCGCCCAAAAACUUUAAGCUUAAGUGAGGUUUGCUCUGAUUUAAGGAGCAACUUUGCAGUAAACAAAGGCUAAAUCUAUUUGGAGCAUCCAGGGAUGAAUUAUUUACUGUAAUGCUAUUAGUAGUAAUAAAUGCUAAUGAUUAUUUUUUUUAUUCUAAGAGUUUAUUGCCAUCUUUAUUUUUGUUGCACAUGGAAUACUUUUAGUAAUAUUUAUAUCCUUAAGAAAUUUGUUUUCAGGUUUAUAACCUGAUCACAUGCAGACCUAAAACCACUCCUGAUUCUAAUGAAACUAUUUCCUGCAAUAAAAUCUGAUGCAGUUCUGUUAAUGCACUUGUAGGGGUGCUAACCUUUUCAGGGUCUUAACUUUAUAUGGGAACUGGACUGAUUUCUUCCCUUCAUGAAAUUGUGAGGAUGAUUGUUUGCUAAGUGCUGAUGUAAAGAAUUGAUUCAAACAUUUUGAACACAGUUUGGAUUCUUUGUGUUGCAUUGACUGUAUAUAGGUUUUAUGUCAAGUUUGGUUGAAGUGUUCAGGCAUGCUUUCAGACCCGUGGCAAGUUUGAUUACAUUUACACAGCAGUGAUCUUAUCGCUACUUGGAAAACGUAAAGGAUGUUUGUAGGAAAUAAAAUAAUAU